AAAGAAUUUUAUAGUCGAAAUAAUAAACAAACAUGAUAUAUAUAAAUCCAAAUUUUAUAAAGAAAACCCAAAACAAUCCUAUUCUAUCAGUGAAGACUACACAUUUUAACCCGCUGUUUUUCUCGUCAAGACUGAUACAUAUGAAUCCACAAUUUUUACUUAAUCUCGCCGCAGAAUAUUGGUCAAUUGUUGCUAAAGAUAAUACAACACCAACACAUGAAACUAACAUAAACCUCCACACUCCAGCCACAAUAGACGAAUCACCUAACACAACUCCACUUACACAAGACCAAGUAGAAACUCGUACACAAGCAGAGAACAUUCACAUAACAAUCACACAACAAUCACAUUCAAAUUUACCGCAGGAACGGAUUGUUGAAGAAGCUUUAUUGGCCAAUGCGAUUGAAGACUUAUCACCAUCGACUGGUCACAACAAUCAUACUCUAGUACGCCACACACAGCAACAUCACAACACAACAUUUUUCAAAACAAAUACUACAAGUUCGAAAGUACUGUCACGUAGAUUCAAGGUAGUUCAUCACAAACGCCUUAAUCGCAACCCAUUCAUUUCACCAAAGAGUUAUAAAUUAAAUAAUAAAAUUGAUAAGGCUUUUAACGCAUGCACCACCUCUCCGUUACCAAAAACAAGAAAUUUUAACUCUGGUGCCAACUGUGCUCCAAGAUCAUCAGUAUCCAGCAGUGCAUUCUUCGGUUGUCCCUACGGUCAAAAUAAAAAAUGUCAAUUAAAAAACAUUAAUGGUGUGAUGUAUAAAUUAACACGUAAUUCAUUACAACGCAAGGACCUCGUCCUCAAUAACACAAAACCCAAGUCAGAGAGCACUCACUCAAAUGUGAAAAUCAAUGCACAAGAACAGCAAUCAAAUCAGUUAGUGGAUUUUAAGUCGAAGCUUCCACAAGGGAAUGCUGAUGGUCUGCUCCACAAAUCUUCGCCAGGUAGUGAUACUUCCACGUGGACUAAAAAUAACACAACUACGGCACAUGAAAAUUGCGCCAAACAAUAUUCUGCAGAGCAAUUGAGAAAACGAUAUUUCAAGAACAAUGUACCAUGUGUCAUUUUCCAACGAACAGGAAAGUGUGCUGCUCAAGAACUCGGUCGAUGCAAUAAGAAGCACGAUAAGCAGCAAGUUGUGAUCUGUUCUAAAUUUCUUCGCGGUGAGUGUGAAAAUAAAAACUGUCUCUUGUCGCAUAAUGCCUCUUACUCGAAAAUGCCUGUUUGUAAGUUCUAUCUGCGAGGAACGUGCGUCCGCGAGAAAUGUCAAUAUCUGCACAAAAAGCUUAAUUCCAAAACUGACGUUUGUGAAGAUUUCCUACGCGGAUUCUGUAAACUUGCAGAAGAGUGUGAAAAACGUCAUGUAUUUGUAUGUCCGCAAUAUGAACGCAAUGGAGAAUGCAAUACUAAGAAUUGCAUUUAUUGUAAGUCAGGUCGAGAUCGGCUUAAAAGAAAGAAUGAAAAACCGAAAUGUGUGAAAUCUAAAUCGAGCUCAGAUGGAUUUGUUAAAAAUAAUAAGAAGUCUGAUCAAAAGGAAUUACCAGUAAAAACUGGUAUCCAUUCUAAGUCUGAAGUAGUUAAAAAUCGUUAUUUCUUAGAACUUUCUAAAGCAAAUGAAAUAGAUGUUGACACCAAUAGUAAACAAUUAGUAGAUCCAGAAUAUGAAGUCGAACAGUUAAAAGGCAUUGAAAUGCCAAACUUUAUACCGAUUUAGAAAGAUUUAUGCAAGGUUCUAUAUAAUAAAUUAUAGUUAUAUGUGAUUUUUACUUUUUAGCAGCGUUAAGUAUUAGUUAUUCUGAAAUUAUUAGUUAUUCUGAAGUUAUAAAAUUACAAAAUACAA